UGUAUUUUCUUUAUCUGAAUUGUUUUCAAUUAGUGAUCAUUAUUGGAGUUUCAAGAAGAAGGAAUAAUUUUUUACUCGAGCGCAAUCAGUUUGAAUAAUUAGGAUUAUGUAAGUGUUUUAUACGUUUAUCACGAUAGUACAUAAAAAGACAACUCGCGGGUGCACGUAUUAGGUUUCAACCGGUAAUAAAAUUAUUUUCUUUUCCCAAGGGAAUUGAUUUCUGUCUAGCGUGCACAGUAUUCCACACGAUGUCUCUUGACAGACAACAUCGGCAGAAACGUUCGCCAUUAAAAAGUGCUCUUAGAACUCGUAGCAGCAUAGAUCUUUCAAAUCUGUGUUGUCACUCUCCCGAAUUGGUGGAUAUGAAAUCGUCCAAGGAAAAUUUGCUACAGGUUGAGCGUGACAAUUCCAUGAAGAAAAAUGAAUGCAUCAAAGAACAAAGACAUAGGACAAAUUCAAGCAAAAGAAAGUCGCACAACGAAUUGCGGACGAUUCAUUUAGAUGAAGUCGCUUGGCACGAUGCAACUAAUGAUUGCUGGUUGGUGAUCCAUGAUUACGUAUACGAUUGCACAGAAUUUCUAAAUAAUCAUCCGGGUGGCCAAGACAUUCUCUUGGAAUAUGCUGGACGAGAUGCGACUUUAGCGUUUAUCGGUACUGGACAUUCCACCGUCGCCAAAACAACCUUAGAUCAGUAUAAAAUCGGUGAACUUCCACCGAAGGAGAGGAUCUUUCGCGUUUCCAACGGUGUCAAAAUCUCGGGAUUUUAAUUUAUAUACUUGGAUUAUUGAAUCGUCAUUGUUAUGGACAUUUCUAUAUAUUUAAAUAAAUACUAAUUAGAUAUUCUACUUUGA